GAAGGUGGGGGCGGCUUUUCCGGCGCGCGCGCUCGCGGUGCUUCCGGGAGGCUGCCCCUUUCCAAGAUGGCGGCGGCGCCCUCGGCCCGCGCCCCCCGCUCCGCCCCGCGCAGGCCCCGCGGAGCCCCCUCCACGAUGGCGAUUAUGCCGUAACUACCAGAUAAACGAGCAGUGAUGGAAUCACUGGAUACCGAGGUGAGAGUACGGAAGACUCUGGGGACUGUUGAAUACGUAGAGUCUUCGGGUUUCUCCCAGGGAGUCCUGCCCACCAAGAAGGAUGUGGUUCAGAACAUGCUGUACUUGCUGCAGCCCAAGCGAGCUGGCCAGGCCCAGCGCUCCAAAGAGGAUGCAGCCCAGCUGCUUGCCGAGCACCUUCAGGAGCACUGGUUGGUUUGCAACUUGCACACCAUCGCCACUCAAAAUAUAAAGAAACUUAUCCUUAAAAUGUAUGAGGAGUUUACCAGGUUGUAUCAGACCAGAAAGCAGAGACAGAACCAGGCGUUCACCGAGCGAGCAGACAAAUUCAACGAGAGUUCGGAGAAACUCUUUGAUGUGUUUUGUACGGAUGCACAGAUGAGAAAUAAACUGGAGGAAUGCAGUGGGAUAAAAAUGACUAGCAUCGAGUGGAAAUUCCUUGAAGAUCAGAGGAGCGAAAGGAAAAUGUACUACGAAGAUUUCACAGACAAGCAAGAACUGAAGAUGAUGGAAAGAAGACAAAAGAUACAAUGUCUGGAGCACUUCAGGAAACUCGCCAAGGAGGAGAAGGAAGGAAACAAGGCAAAGGAAGUGAAGUUAAAAGGUGACGAGCAAUCAGAUGAAGGCACGAGUGUGGAUGAAUCCUACCCCGUGGAGGAGGAGAACGGCGGGGCUCCGGCCUUUUCGCUGCGGGGCAGAAGGAAGCGCCGGUGCACCACGAGUCCUGCAAGCGCUGCCAUGCCGCUGGAGUGCCAGCAUAUACGGAUGAGCAUCAGGAGAGUUAGGCCUGGGUUCUACGAGACUGUGGAGAAGGUGAAAAACUGCUAGCGCAUGCCGCCGUCAGCAGGCAGAGCUGCUGGAGUACGAGGUGGCAAUGCACACGUUAGGCAAGUUUGAAAUCCCACCAUCAAUUGGAAGUGAUUGUUGUAGAUCCCCAAGCCAGAGCUUAGGAACGUCCUGCCUCCACGGAAGAGCGUCGCAAUGACGACAGCAGCGGCAAGGACUAAACACGUGUAUUUGGAAGGAUAAGUAGUCAGCGGCUAACGAUGCGAAGGCUCAGCCGCAGCUGAUGAUCUAAGGUUAUGUGGCACAUAAGCCUCUUCUUCCAAGGUCCUGUCUGCAUCAGUGGGGUUUUGGGAAGUCUCUCACCAUUUCUGAGCCAGCGGUGGCCUAACAGCAUGAAACGGCACUCGGAUUUACUGCAGGGAAAUAACUUGGACUUGUUAAUGGAUAAUCCAUGUGCUGAAAAGCCCCAACUCCUGCUGGUUUCAGUGGGAAUGAAGGUGCUCGGCCCCUUCCAGCAGAAUUUGGCCUUUCUGUGAGGAAGAAAGCUGGUGUUCAGCAGGUAUUACCCCAUCCCGGAGAGGUACCUGCGAUUUUAGGAAGGGCUGUCUCUCCUGCUCGAGGAGGGGGAGAGAUCAGGAGACAUUUGAGUACUCUGGCUGUAAAAGCAGGGGUGGUUCUGAAUGUUUUAUUCUAGCUUCUAUUUUAAUGACGAUUCCUUGGUGAGGAUAGACCUUCCCGUAGCUGGAUGAGAUUUAAGAUGAAGUUCCUAUUCUAGGAUCCGAGGUGUGAAUCUUAAGUGAAAUGGUAAUGCUUUAUCUUCUCGAGGGGGUCAGGAGGCAAAUUGUGCUAUUUAGAUUUAAGUUGGAAAGAAUUUUAUAAACCAUUAUCCUGCUGCUUUAGGACAUAGGAAAGAAAAAGUUUUCCCCUGCAUGGGGGGGCUGUGGUAUUUACAGCAACAGGCACCUAAGCCUGGAAUUGCUUUUCCGCCCCAGGGUCUUUGCAGACCAGCAGAGUGGAAACGGUGGUUUUCCACCCAGAGUUGGUUUGAAGGAAGCAUAAGACCCUUGCCCACACGCAUCCCGUGCCGUGACACGUCUGUGACUUCGGGUACCCGCAGUUCGAGGGUCGCUGCCCUUCUUAGUUAGAGCUGCUUUACUGGUUUGUAAUGGUGAGAGACUUGACUUGAACUUUAGCGAGACCCAGUGCUGGGGAUCUCUCCAGUGAGAUCCCGAACCUUGCCAGACGACACUGAAAAUUCACCCCCCACAUCUCUGUUUGCCCACAGAAGUUCUCUGGUAGAAAGGGCACAAACUUGCCUGGUUUUCAGAUUUACCUUUCAGUGUGAGCGUUGGUUUCCCCGCUCCAGUAUCUCAGCUUUCCCUCCUUUCUUUCCUGUCCGCCCUGCACAUUGUUUUACUGACAUUAACUCGUGCUGUUUCAUUCUUUGGCUUUUGCUCCCUUUAACAAUAAAUGCAUGUACGAAUAAUUUUGACAGUUCCUCUUACUUUGAUCAGUCAGUUCUCGGACUGCUUUCAAGUCCUAUGCCAAAGGAGGAAUGAAACAUGAAUCGGCUGCCGGUCUGAUUGGGACACAGCAGCUCUAGCGAGUGCAAGAGGCGGCAGCAGCCCCAGCCUUGCUGCUCGGGCAGGCUCCAGCGUUCCUCCGCUCCGUCCCUCCACCUACAGACGGAUCCGUCCGGCUUUGAGCCGUGCAUCGGCUUCCCAGCAACCUAGCUCGUUAGUUAUUGCCAGAAUCCUUAUUCUGUGUCUUUGAGAAGUUCUUCAUGGUAAGUUGCUCCAAAAUAUUUAGUGAACUCCAUGUAUUCCGCAUCCCUCGUAGUGUCCUCAAGGUUUAAUAGCACGCAGCCACGUUCUGCAACACCCUUCAGCCUCCACCGCUUGAGAGUGUGCAGCCCUCUCUCCUCUCUCUGACGUGCUUCACCGACUUCCCUACAUCACGUCUAAACUAUUUGCCUUCCAGCCCUGAGGUGCUGGACUCGAGCCUCUCACUGGGCUUCUACACCAGCAGCUCUGUUUCCGCAGGGAAUAUAGCCAAGCUUGGACCUCGCCGAAGUAGGUUUUUUUUAAUAACUGCUGUAGCUCCCCCUUUGUAUUACAAAUACAGCUGACAGUACCGAUGCUCGUGUAUAAAGCAAAUCCACCAAGGUUGGCUCGACUAUGGAACACAGCUGUAUAGUGCGUUAUGAUUUUCAGGGAUUCAGGGAAUUUAAGGUUGUCAGAUCUGACUUCCUGUAUACCACAGGGAAUUACAUUUCAUCCAGAAGCCCCGCGCUCAGCCUGCUGGUGUCAGUUUAACCGGCCUGUCCCACCCAAAGGCAAGCUGAAGGCGUCAGAAUCUGCCGCCUGACUCAGCUCCACCCAUAGUGGUUUUGUUUUGCCACCUUUGCUGGGGUAAAAAAGAAAAGCGGAAAAACCCCUCUGGCCAUCCUCUAGGCUGUGAUUCUGUUCCCGACGCCUUGUACGGGCUGAGUGAUGUUUAAUGCAUUUACAUCACUCUUGUUUUUUUUUAAUCUGGGUUUGACUGUGGAUUGAGCGAAAGCCCGGCUCUGUUUCUGCUGCAGCAGGGGGGAGAUUUCUAAAUGAUGUACUCUGAUCGCUCUCUUUUGGGACCAUGGUGCCUUUUUAAUCAGGACAGUAAAACUUGUCCCAGGAUUCUGUACUUUUGUACAUUAACAGUUGUUGACUUUCCUUUUAUGGUGUGUCCCAAAUAAAUUAAUAUAACAGA